AGCAGCAUGGAUGGUGCUCUUGCGACGACCUCUGCCGAUUCCAUCAGGCCACUGCGGAUGGGCAUGCUGAGUAACCCUGCUGUAAAUGGGCGAGGACGUGGACACACGGAAAAUUAACCACGGCUUCCUUCGAGACCACAAUUAUGUGACUGAAGGGCUGGCAUAGCAUGGGCGGCGGCAGCCAUGCAAGCUUCCCCAAACUGCCAUGCCAAUGUGUCUCAACCCUCUGCUGAAGAGAGCACUUCUGGAGGUGAGUGGGAAGCUGACAUUAUUUCAACUGCGGAGUUCAACCACACAGGGGACUUACUGGCAACUGGGGACAAAGGCGGUCGAGUUGUUAUAUUCCAAAGGGAGCCAGAGAGCAAAAAUGAACCUUACAGUCAAGGCGAGUACAAUGUUUACAGCACCUUCCAGAGCCAUGAGCCAGAGUUUGACUAUUUGAAGAGCUUGGAAAUAGAGGAAAAAAUUAACAAGAUCAAGUGGCUGCCAAAGCAGAAUGCAGCCCACGCUCUUCUGUCCACGAAUGAUAAAACUAUUAAAUUGUGGAAAAUUACUGAACGAGAUAAGAGACCUGAGGGAUACAACUUAAAAGAUGAAGAGGGGAAACUUAAAGAUCUUUCUACAGUGACCUCACUUCAGGUGCCUGUCUUGAAGCCAAUGGAUUUGAUGGUAGAAGUCAGCCCCAGGAGAAUUUUUGCCAAUGGCCAUACCUAUCACGUCAACUCCAUUUCCGUCAACAGUGACUGUGAGACUUACAUGUCAGCCGAUGAUCUCAGGAUUAACCUCUGGCACUUGGCGAUUACAGACAGGAGCUUCAACAUUGUCGAUAUUAAGCCGGCCAACAUGGAGGAUUUGACGGAAGUCAUCACAGCCUCUGAGUUCCACCCCCACCACUGCAAUCUCUUUGUCUACAGCAGCAGCAAAGGAUCUCUCAGGCUCUGUGACAUGAGGGCCUCCGCUCUCUGUGACAAACAUUCCAAACUUUAUGAAGAACCAGAAGACCCGAGCAGCCGAUCUUUUUUCUCCGAAAUUAUUUCCUCUGUGUCAGAUGUCAAAUUCAGCCACAGUGGCCGAUACAUGUUAGCAAGAGAUUACCUCACUGUCAAAGUUUGGGAUCUGAAUAUGGAAACGAGGCCUGUAGAAACUUACCAGGUCCACGACUACCUUCGAAGCAAGCUGUGUUCACUUUAUGAAAAUGACUGCAUCUUUGACAAGUUUGAAUGUGCAUGGAAUGGGUCUGACAGCGUGAUCAUGACAGGGGCCUACAACAACUUCUUUCGCAUGUUUGACCGGAACACCAAGCGUGAUGUGACUCUGGAGGCUUCGCGCGAAAGCAGCAAGCCCAGAGCCGUCCUCAAGCCUCGGCGGGUGUGCGCGGGUGGGAAACGGAGGAAAGACGACAUCAGCAUUGACAGUUUGGACUUCACCAAGAAGAUUCUGCACACGGCAUGGCACCCGACAGAGAACAUUAUUGCUAUCGCAGCCACAAACAAUCUGUACAUAUUUCAAGACAAAAUGAACUCUGAAAUGCACUAGGAUGCCUGUGUGAGAAAGGAACCUUGGAAGUGUUGAUGGGUGUGGUGUGGCCACUGUCUGUACCCUCUCCAGGGAAGUAGAUGCCAUUGGAAGAAGUGGAAUUUAUUCUCCACUAAAUCAAGGUGUGACCGGGAUGGAUUCACAAAACAAGCAAAUGUUUUGAUUCACUGCAGUUAUGAUUGCAGAAGGGCACCACUGCAAAUAUGUCCAAAUAA